AUGCUGUUAUUAGAAAUAUUUUACAUCAGAAGGGGGCAUUUACGCACCUCCCAGACCUGUACUAACAAUGUAGCAUGGCGCUUGCAGGCUUCCCACAGGGCCAUCAAACAUUUGGGCAGAGGGGCAGCUGCAGAUACUUGGCUAUUCGUAGACCGCAAAAGAAACCGUCUAGUGGCCAUCAAGCUGUUCCCCAGGCCCAUACCAGCUGGCUUGCGAGACAGCACCCUCAGCGAGAUCAAGUGUCAGAUGGAGCUUGGGCCAGGUCACAUCAACCUCAUCAAUGUAUACGAGGCGAUCCUGACGCCUGAUCACCUGGGCAUCGUCAUGGAGUAUGCUGCGGGCGGUGCACUGACUGCCCAUGUGGCAGAGCGUUGGGGUGCUGCCAAGCCCGGCGGCCUCAUCUUGACUGAGGACGAAGCCAGAUUCUUUUUCCGGCAAUUCAUUGAAGCCGUGGACUACUGCCACCGAAACAAGACAGCUCACAGAGACUUGAAGCUGGACAAUACCCUACUGGACGACCAGAAGCCGCCCUUCCUCAAGAUCUGUGACUUUGGCUUUGCCCGGCACUGGUCCAAUGACAGCCUCUACAGAACAAAGACACCGGAGUACAUGUCGCCGGAGCUGCUGCGCAAUCAGAGCCGCGACAAGAAAACACUGAAGGAUUACGACCCGCGCUCCGUUGACGUGUGGGCUUCGGGCGUGCUGCUGCUGGUGUCCCUGUGCGGCGCAUUCCCCUGGGACCACACCCGCCAGCACGACAACUUCAACAAUGACCAGGAACUCGACCUGUGGCUUCAGGAGGUGAACAAGCAGUGGAACGAGUCGCCGUUCAUCGCGGACAACGUGGAUGCGCUGUCGGCCGAGGCGCGCGACCUGCUCAACCGCAUCUUUGUGCUGGAUCCCAGCCAGCGCAUCACCAUCCCAGAAAUCAUGCGCCACCCCUGGUACACAAAGGCGCUGCUGCCUGAGCACCAGGAGGCGCUGGACAGCCUGCAUGAGGAACAGCGCCAGGUGGACGAGCACCUCAAACACCGCAAGCUCGACCCGGUAAACAUGCUAUGUCCACUCACUGCUUGUUCCUGGUAG